AUUAGUUAGUUAAUUUUAGUUGGCCUAUCCAUUUCUUAAAAUCAUCAACCUCUUUAAACUCUCCAACCUACCCUUCCAAAAGAAAAGAACACAACAUUUUUGUGAGAAUUAAGAAGCUUCUCAAUUCCUCACCCUCCUCUCUUGUUGAAGCAAAAACAAAAAAGAUACCAAUUUCAAUGGAAGUCUCAUACAAAAUUCUUAGAAGAUCAAUUCAUAGUUUUCUUCAAAACUAUCAAUAUUUCACCAUAACAAUAUCAAUUCUAGCAUUUCCUUUCUCAGCAUCAAUACUCCUUUCACAAGCAUUAGUCCCUUUUUCUUCAUCCCUUUUCCCUCAAAUAUACAAUCACCUAAAAACUCUCUUUGAUGCUGCAGGCUUUCCUUCUUCAUCACAAUUGUUUACUGUUCUUAACCUUAAAGUUUCUCAAACAAUCACUUCCUCAAUCUUCACACUUCCUUUCACUCUCACUUUUUUCCUCAUUGCAAAAGCUUUCAUAAUUCAAGCUUUGAAUAAAAACAAAGAAAAUUUUCAACCUUCAUCUUAUAAUUACAAACCAAUCCUUCACACCUAUAUCUACAAUACUUUAUUCAUUCUAUCUGCAAAUGCAACUACUUUUUGCUUCCUUUUUCUUGCAUUUAGUUUUACUGAAGGGCUGGGAAACUCUUCGUCUAGUUUCACCGUUUUUCUCUCGGCUGCAGCUGCAGUUUUGUUCUCUGUGAUCCUCGCGAAUGCACUCGUGAUAUGCAACAUGGCGCUGACGCUAUCUGGUGUGGAGGGACAUGGAGGUUAUAUGACAAUUCUGAAAGCAUGUGUUGUUCUAAGGGGACGGACAUCGAUGGCUUUGUUCUUGGCACUUCCUGUUAAUGUAGGUUUGGCUGCCAUUGAAGCUUUGUUUCAAUUCCGGGUCGUGAGAGGAUAUUACAUUGAUGAAAAGUCAUGGUUUUUCAUAGCUUUGGAGGGUAUUUUCAUUGCUUAUUUGUACUCAAUCUUCAUCAUCAUUGACACUAUUGUGAGUUACAUGUUUUACAAAAGCUGCAAAGUAAGAGGAUCAUUGAUUGACAAGGAAGACAAGCAUUUUUUAAGGAUUGAACUCAUAGAGGAGGACAAUUAUUAUGGUUACUUGGGAAUCAAGAAUUUUCAAGAACUACCAUGAGUAACAUAUAAGGCUUUUCUACUUAUGUUGUUAUUAAUUUGAUCAAGGCUUUCCUACUUAUGUUUCUCAAAAGAGAGAAGAGCUAGAAGUUAUUUUUGCAGGUAUUUGAAGAAAAAAAAACCAAUUCUUGUUUGUUACUCGAAAGAAACCAAACCGAUCGAGCAAUUUCGAAGGCGUAAAGGUUUCAAUCUCAGCUAUGUGCAAGAACAAGAAGCUGGAGAUUAGUUCAUCAUUACAUUUUAAUGUUUUUCUUUUAAUUUUUUUAAAAUUUGUCCUCUUUUUUUCAUCACUUGUAAAUUGAUUAGUAAUAUAAUACAGUGUGAAUAAUACAAAGGACUAUGCUUAAUUACUUCCCUUGCACUUUAGGUGUAGUUAGGAAAAGCCACAUAAUUUCUUGUAUCUGAUUGUUAAUCUUGGCUUUUACCAAAUCUAGGAGUUACUUGCUGCA